UGAGGUGUCAAUGCAUGAGCAUAUAAACUAGGGUGGCGAUCUAACCUACAAUUACCAACCUCUGACCCUUCAUUGCACAGCGACCACGCAAGCAGUCCACAUCCCUUUUUUCAUCCACCAUCUCAGAGUACAGUACAUACACAGUACACCCUCACCAUGGCACCUCCCAGCUCAACCGAGACAUCGACCACCCACACGUCCCAAGUCACCCUUCAGACCCGCCAGUCCUCCCAAGAGGAUGGUAUGGAGGCGGCGACAGUGAGGAACCAGACCUCCCAAUACCCCAAGCCCCCUGUCUUCGAAGAUAAGUACGAGGAGCGAGAGUACCUCAAGGGCCGACUAGCCGCUGCAUUCCGCAUCUUCGGGAAGAAUGGAUACGAUGAGGGCGUGGCCGGCCACAUCACUCUCCGCGACCCUGUCGACCCCACCACCUUCUGGGUGAACCCGUUCGGCGUCGCCUUCUCGCAGAUCAAAGCCUCCGACCUCAUCCAGGUCAGCCAUGAAGGCAAGAUCCUCGACGGGGGGCCGGUCCGCCUCCUCAACGCUGCAGCCUUCAUGAUCCACUCCGCGAUCCAUGCCGCCCGGCCCGACGUCCUGUGCGCUGCGCACAGCCACAGCAUCUACGGGCGAUCGUUCUGCGCCCUCGGUCGGCCAUUGGACAUCAUCACGCAGGACUCGUGCGCGUUCUACAACGAUCACGUCGUCUACAAGCAAUUCAACGGGGUCGUGCUGUCGGAGGACGAGGGACACAACAUCGCCAAGGCGCUGGGGAACAAGAAGGCGGCGCUGCUGCAGAACCACGGCCUGUUGACCGUGGGUACGAGCAUCGAGGCGACGGUCUUCUGGUUCGUCAGUCUGGAGAAGUGCUGCCAUGCGCAGCUGUUGGCCGACGCGGCGGCGGCGGGGCGCGGCGGGGCGACGAUCAAGAUCGAUGAUGCCGACGCAGCGUUCACAUACAAGACCGUGGGGAGGCCCGGGUCGGGGUAUUUCAGUGCGAAGCCGCUGUUCGAUGUGAUCCAUGAGGAGACCGGGGGGAGUUACUUGCUGUAGACCUGGUAGUAUACUGUUUGAUGUUCAUAAUUGCGGCUACGUCGGUGGCACACGAUACACGGAGAUGAAUGAUUUGGCCCUCAAGGCAUUCAAUCAUAUUCAGACGAUAUCAUAAUCUCU